GCAUUGCUGUCUGCACAAAUCUACCCUCCCUCCAUCUUUAUUUCUUUGCUACUAUAUAUAUGGAAGCUUGCCAUUUUAGCAAGAGCCAUCACAUUGCCACCAACAAGAACAAUCUCCUCUUUAAUUGUCAAUUAAUGAUUAAUCACACUUUACAACUCAUUAAACUCUUCUUUUCUUGUCAAUCCUGAUAUGCAUUUCCAUUUGAUUCUGAUCUAACUCCCUUCUAAACUUUGACCUUACAUCGAAACAUUAUGUAAAUUUUUACCACAGUAGUAGACCAACCGUGUCUCAAUGGAAAAUUCUUCGAUCCCGUAAAGGGUACCAUUCCUCACCUUUUUGCAGAUUGCACAAAGGAAUUGGAAAUAUUUUUUAACUCCUGAUCUGUCAUUCUGAUAAAUCCAUGGAGGAGACAUUCGUCCCUUUCCGCGGUAUCAAGAAUGAUCUUCGGGGAAGAUUGCAGUGUUACAAGCAAGAUUGGACUGGUGGUUUCAGAGCAGGAUUCAGGAUUCUGGCUCCCACCACUUACAUAUUCUUUGCUUCAGCCAUUCCUGUAAUUUCAUUUGGCGAACAGCUCGAGCGAAAUACUGAUGGAGUUAUUACAGCGGUUCAAACCUUGGCAUCUACUGCAGUAUGUGGGAUUAUUCACUCCAUCAUUGGAGGUCAACCUCUACUGAUUUUAGGAGUUGCAGAGCCCACUGUCAUUAUGUAUACAUUUAUGUUCAACUUUGUCAAAGAGCGACCUGAUUUAGGCCGUGAUCUAUUUCUGGCGUGGACCGGCUGGGUAUGCGUCUGGACCGCACUCUUGCUGUUCUUGUUGGCUGUUCUAGGAGCAUGUUCCAUCAUCAAUAGGUUUACGCGUGUGGCCGGAGAGUUGUUUGGUUUGCUCAUCGCAAUGCUUUUCAUGCAGCAAGCUAUUACAGGACUUGUGGAUGAAUUUCGCAUUCCACCAAGGGAAGAUCGAACACUGAUCGCGUUUAUACCUUCAUGGAGAUUUGCAAACGGAAUGUUUGCGUUGGUUCUGUCUUUUGGCUUACUGACCACUGCAUUGAAAAGCAGAAAGGCAAGAUCCUGGCGAUAUGGGACCGGGUGGCUUAGAAGCUUGAUAGCAGAUUAUGGUGUGCCCCUCAUGGUACUAGUAUGGACCGGUGUUUCCUAUAUUCCAGCCGGAAAUGUUCCUGAACGUAUUCCUCGCCGCCUUUUCAGCCCCAAUCCGUGGUCCCCUGGUGCAUAUGACAAUUGGACUGUCAUUAAGGACAUGCCAAAUGUUCCAAUUUUCUAUAUAAUCGGAGCUUUUAUUCCGGCGACAAUGAUCGCUGUGCUUUACUACUUUGAUCAUAGUGUAGCUUCUCAACUUGCUCAGCAGAAAGAGUUUAAUUUGAGGAAGCCUUCUUCUUACCACUACGACUUGCUUCUUUUGGGAUUUUUGACUUUACUCUGUGGACUUCUUGGAAUUCCUCCAUCAAAUGGAGUCAUCCCACAAUCUCCAAUGCAUACAAAGAAUUUGGCCACCCUCAAGCAUCAGCUGCUUCGAAAUCGACUAGUUGCCACAGCUCGACAAAGCUUAAGAAAGAAUGCUAGCUUAGGACAAUUAUACGGAAAUAUGCAAGAAGCUUAUCGGCAAAUGCAAACUCCACUGAUCUACCAACAGCCAUCUGAAGGCUUAAAAGAAUUUAAAGAAUCAACAAUCCAAGCAGCUUCAUGCACCGGUCAUAUAGAUGCUCCAGUCGACGAGACAGUGUUCGAUAUCGAGAAGGAGAUCGAUGAUUUAUUACCUGUCGAGGUUAAAGAACAGCGUGUCAGUAACUUACUUCAAGCUACAAUGGUCGGAGGAUGUGUUGCAGCUAUGCCUUUACUUAAAAGGAUCCCAACUUCAGUUCUCUGGGGUUAUUUUGCAUUCAUGGCUAUUGAAAGUUUGCCUGGAAAUCAAUUCUGGGAACGAAUUUUACUCCUGUUCACCGCACCCAGCAGACGAUACAAGGUUCUUGAAGAGUAUCAUGCGACAUUUGUGGAAACAGUGCCUUUCAAAACAAUUGCAAUGUUCACCAUAUUUCAAACAGUUUAUCUGCUGAUUUGUUUUGGGUUAACUUGGAUUCCGAUAGCCGGCGUAAUGUUUCCGUUGAUGAUUAUGCUUUUAGUUCCGGUAAGACAAUACUUUCUUCCAAAAUUCUUCAAAGGAGCACAUCUUCAAGACUUGGACGCAGCAGAGUUUGAAGAGGCACCAGCUUUGCCGUACAAUCUUGCAACAGGAUCGGAGCUAGGAGCAGGGGCUGCGGAGGCAGGAGACGGGGAGAUAUUAGACGAGGUAAUAACUCGAAGUCGCGGAGAGUUCAGGCGUGUGAGCAGUCCUAAAAUCACAAGCUCAACUGGAACAACGCCUGCAAAUGAUCCGAAAAGCCUCCAAAGUCCUCGUCUUUCGUACUCAUACAGUCCGAGAGUAAGUGAGCUAAGAGAGGAAAGAAGUCCGAAAGCAAACGGCAGAGGGGCGAAGAGUCCGAAAACGCCGCUGUCUAAGCUUGGGAAAAGUCCUUCAAGUUCUGCACAAAAAUAAUUAAGUUGUGCACAAAAGUAUGGUAUCUGUCUGUCAAUGCGUUAGCUUUUGGAUUGCUUUAUUUGCUUUCAGUGUGUUGUUUUCGGUUGGAAUUUGUGUAAAAUGUUGGUUCUUUAAUGCUCUUAGAGUAUAUUUUAGAGCAAAUUUGUA